GGCUGCGAGAUGGAGCCGGGGCUGCUGGUGGCAUCGGGGGCGCUCAGGGCCGGGGGGGGCCGCCCGAGACCCCUGUGCAGGAAUUUUGCCCGUGGCUCCUGCCGAUGGGGCCAGAGUUGCCGUUUCGCCCACGACAGAAAGUCGGCCCAGGUCUGCAGGUACUUCCAGAGCGGGUUUUGCAGCUACGGGGAGCGCUGCAGCUACCAGCACGUCCAAGAGGAGCCGGCGGGGAGCCGACGGGGCCCCGAGCCCACCGUGCCCCCCGGCUACCAGGGCUCGGAGGCCACCCGCCUGCCCCAGGUGCUGGCCCGGAGCUGGGGGGGAGCCAGGCACCGCUCAGCCCCGGCCGAGCCCAGCGCUACGCAGCUGACCUCCAGGUUCCCGAGCUUGCAGCUGGAGGAGGAGGACAAGGAGAAUGUCCCAGCGCCUGAUAAUCCCCCCAGCCAGGCUGUCGCUGGAGAACUCGUCCCUGCGUGUGCUCCAGGGGCCUCAGGCCCCAGACUGGGAGCGCUGGGAUGGCGGCCGGCUCCCUCCGGUGCGGGAGUGAUGGCGGAGAUGGCGACGGGGGCUGAGCACGCAGAGGCGGCCGCGGAGGCGGUGCGGAGGGCACGGAGCGAGGCCGUGGUGUGCGGCAUCUGCAUGGACCGCGUGUACGAGAAGGCGCUGCCGGAGGAGCGGCUCUUCGGCAUCCUCCCCAACUGCGGCCACGCGUACUGCCUGGGCUGCAUCCGCACGUGGCGCCGCAGCCGGGACUUCCAGACCGCCGUCAUCAAGGCCUGCCCCGAGUGCCGUGUCACGUCCGGCUACUACAUCCCCCACAAAUACUGGGUCUGGGAGGCGGAUGAGAAGGAGAAGCUGAUCGAAUCCUUCAAGGCCCGGAUGGGGAAAAGAAGGUGCAAGUUCUUUGUCCGGAGCCGCGGCCGCUGCCCGUUCAAGUCGGACUGCAUCUACCUGCACGAGCUCCCGGCUGGCCGGACCUCUCGGCACAGGCAGCGGCGGCCGAGGAUCCCGGCUGAGUUCGACCCCGCUCUGCUGGAGAGCUCGGACGAGGAGGACGAGGAGCUCUGCAUCCUCGAGUGGGCACUUGCCCUGGCCCUGAUGGAGGCCAACGGCCGGUACCCGCCUUACGGCCAGGAGAGCUUCUUCACGGACUUCAGCGACUCCGACUAGGCCCUCUGGGACACCCCGCGGGUCCUGACGCUCUGCGAUGACAAAACCUUUGCUUCCCCUCCCAGAAUCUCCUUUUGCAGUGCUCAGCUGCCUGCGGUCACCGCCUUGGUGGCUCUGCGUGGGCUGGGGUGUCCCUGGCUGCUCGGUGGGACGCGGACGCUGCUGUUCGUCUACCUCCCACCCAUGGGGGACCAACCGUGUCCUCCCCUCCGCAAAGGCGAGGGGGCGAAGGGGCUGCAGUGGUCCUUUGGUGAUGGGGGCACCGUCCCCUUCUCCCCCCUGCCCUUGGCAGGGCAGUGCUUGCACUGAGGGGUGCUUUGCUGGGGGGCU